GCGCAUUGAAUGGAGUUCACAAUAGCUGUUGUUGGUAGUCCGCACUUUGUGCUUUCCGGCCGGGAAAUCGAGGCAGCCCGAUAGCGGGGAUGAGGGUACGGCAGGGGCUGAUAGUCGGUGUCGUUCUACUGCUGUUUGUGGACGUUGUCUGGGUCGGUUCCUCCGGAAUAAGCCGGCACCUGUUCCAUGAUGAGCACUAUGACAAACCUUUCUUCUGGACGUACUUCAAGACCACACUCUUCUCCCUCUACCUCUCCGCAUUCCUGUUCUGGCGCCCCUGGCAACGUAUGUGCUGGGAGGGGUGUGUGAGGAGGGGGAGAGGUGGAGGAGGGAGAGUGAGGGUGGGGGUCGGGGCAGGUGUGGGGAGGGUGUGGCUGCGGAUGUGGGGAGAAGGGAAGGGAGAGACUGUGACUACCAAAACAGAGGGUUCGGUGGUGGGCCCAGUGAGGGAGGCCGAGUCCAGCCCGUGUGGUAUUGAUGAGAGCACAGGUCAGUGUACACCAGGAGACACCUGUGCUGGACAACCACUGGUGACUGGACACAGAAAUAGUUGUGAAGGAGUAGGGAAGGAGGAGGACAUUACAUCACUCAAACUGACACCCCACCACCAGGAGCAACAGUCUGUGAUGAGUCCGGAGACCCACACAGGGCAUGGAGAGGAGGAGGAGGAGGAGGAGGAGGGGGCAGAGAUAUCCACAGUCAUAGAGAAGAGAGGUCGGGGGAGGAACAGACAUGCCAGAGUUGUGGGUGGGCGGUUGCUGUUCAGACCUGUUGGCUCUCUGAAUGGAGACACCUGCAGUGUUAACUCUCCUCCUCCAGUGUGCAAGUUGGAACCCUGCAUGCUGGGUCCAUCAGAGUUCAAACCACUCAAAUGUGCCCUGACAGAGGAGGACCGCAGUCAGACCGGCCCACUGUCUCCAUGUUCAACCAAGUGCUGUAAAGUCAGAUUCAACAGAACUAUUGAAGUGAGGCAGGCCAGAAGUGAAAGUACUGUGAGACGGGAACCAGCUCCUCUCAUGCCUGUCUGGAAGGUUGCAUCUCUCUCACUCGUGUUUGGAAUAGUGUGGUUCUUUGCCAACUAUCUGUAUGCCCUGGCGCUGGUGUCCAAGAGUGUGGCGCUGGUCAACACCCUCAGCUCCAUGUCAAGUGUCUUUGUCAUGAUCAUGGCCGCCGUCCCACUGCUCCCCAGAGAGCCUGGCGACAAAAUCACCCUCUCCCGGGUCCUCGUCUCUCUCCUCAGUGUGGGAGGAGCAGGCUCUGGUGAGCAUAUCAGACUCCACCGAGAGGGACCACCAGUACUGGAGUGUCGGGGCUCUUCUCGCUCUAGCCAGUGCCUUCCUGUGAGUCAACCACACACACUUCACGUAGAACCAUUUCCAGUUAUUUAUGCCUUCUGAUAUACAUGUAAGUGAACCAAACACUUGCAUAGAACCUACUGCCAGCAUCCAAUGAGGCAUCCCAUAGAACGGCUUUAUUGGCAAGCGAAGCACGCCUACCUUGUCGUCUUAAUGAGUGAGUUUUUACUCUAUGUGUGUGUCGUGUAUGUGAGUGAAGAGCACUGCACAAACCGUAAUACUUGUAUGUGGUUCCAAUUGUGCAUGCGAAAAAUCACUUACAUUCACUUGGCAAAAUGCGUUGCAUUCAUUCUAGUAGAUAGUAGAUACUUAGAACACACUGCUAUGUAGCUUGGGUUUUCUCUAUAUCCAGGUCCCUCCUGUGAGUUAGCCACAGCAUACACAUCGUACCUAGAACCCACUGCUAGUAUAUGUAGGUCUCCAUCCAGUGGCAUUCUUGGAACACUUCUCCUGCUCUAUAAUUAUCCACUUCCUUCCUGCACACACUCUCUUGUUACAGUGUGUACAUAGUUCCACUGGAUCUACAUAGCCAGUGCCUUCCUAUAUGCAGUGUACCUUGUGCUGCUGAAGAAACUGGUACAGAAUCCUGAUUCUCUGGAACUACCCAUGUUCUUCGGGUUUGUGGGUCUGUUUGACAGUGUCCUGCUCCUCCCACUGGUCCUGGUGUGGCACUACACAGGUCUGGAGGAGUUCAAGUGGCCUCCGACCCCAAACGUCUGGACCCUCCUCCUCGUUAACGGAUUCCUCGGCACUGUCAUCUCUGAACUAGUCUGGCUGGGAGGGGUGUUCCUGACGUCACCUCUGGUGGGUACCCUGAGUCUGGCUCUAGUCACUCCUCUCAGCAUCACUUACAGUGUCUUCGUUGGACAGCAACCGUUCUCAGUGGAGUUCUUUGUGGGAGCUCUGGUGGUGGUGGUCUGUUUUAUUCUGGUGACUGUCCUCGACCACUUUGGCUCCUGGGACCCUCUCUGGGCCCUCAUCAAGACCACCAUCUCUGCCGCCCGGAACCACAGUGCUCACAGGGGAUAUGUGUCACUGAGUGAAGAGUCUAAGAGGCUGAUUGAUCAUGAAGACGACAACAGUGCCAUUGAUCAGUUGUCCUUCUGAGUGUGUGUCUGCUGUGUUUUUACACUUUGUAUGAUAUAAUGUUGUGUAAUUUCUUACCUGUCAAAGUUACGCAAUAAAGAAUUUUCUUGCACACCAGGUAGACACUGCAUUACGCCAUUCGUUCGUGACGUGAUGGAUAGUUAAAUGGGAAAUAAUUGCCCAGCUGCAAUAAAGUUCCCUAGCAUUUCAAUUAUGCUGUAGGGAAGAUAUGAGUUGGUGACCAGCUACAUGG